AUGAGGCAGGUCCUACUCUUUGCUGCCUGGGCAUGGGCGAAUGCGGAAGCUUGUGCAAGCUGCCAAGGCAAAGCCUGGACGAGACGCAGUGGCAACGACGACAACAACAACAUCAAUGCCAUUUCUCCCAAUUCAGAUGAGGGAUUUGCACAAUUUGCCUGCCGCACAGUGCCCGCAUCUGGUGCCGACAUGGGCAAACGUGCGUCAGUCAAAAGUGACUGCGGUAAAAACAAAGAUGCCAUCGAGACUGCGCUCAAGACUUGCGUCCAAUAUGCAAAGGCCGGUGCGGAAGAGGCAAAGAAAAAAGACAGCCAGCUGUUUGAAUUCUUCUUCAAGAAGGAAAACGAUGACCAGCGGAGCAAAAUCGCUGAGCGGUAUGAACAGAUAGCGGCCGAAUGCGGCGCGACACAAGGCGGUAAAAUCUCCGUCACUUGUCAAGAGGUCAUCGGGUCGUGCACGAUACCCGAGACGCUGCAGAAUGCCACGGCAGUGGCCGAUACCAAGGUGGAAAACAGGAUAGGGACUCGUGUGCAGCUCUGCCAACCGUUCUUUGACCUUGCCGAGGGCGGCUGUGGCCGAUUUGACCGUCCGUCCACCAUCGUACACGAGCUCUCGCAUGCCCUCAUCGGCACGCAGGAUUUUAAUUCAAGCUACGGCUUGCGCGCCCUCCAGGAACUCAAGGCUGAGCAGAACUUGGAGCAUGCCGACACUUAUGGCUUUUUUUCUCAAGCAGCUUCCAAGGGAUGCAAGACGGCCGAACUGGAGAAGGCCCGUGACUCUGAGGGCAGGGGACUGGAUCAACUCCAGGUCAAGGUAGACCACGUCCAUGGCAGUGGACUUCAUGGCCGUGGAUUGGAUCAACUCCAGAGCAGGGGGGCCGGAUCAUCUCCGGAGCCUGAAAUCCAGAACGGCAUCAACAUCCCCUUCGGCUGGACUCCGUAG